GUUCUCGCUGCGCCGGCAGCGCAGCAUUACGGUCGCGUUACCCUCGCGACACGGAAGAGAAAGCGGAGAGUACAUCCUGACGCGCGCGCCAAUCACCCAGGCGAGGAAGCGCGCAGUCGAGAGACCCGAGCGAACCAAGCUCGGUCGCUUCGUCGAGGGUGCAGUCCGUUGCUUCUCGUUGCUACGAUUAUUUCUGCGAGUAGCUAAAUAUUAAUUCGUGCGCGAAUCGAAUAUUAACGUGCUGAAACGAAAUCAUAAUACGAUCAGCCCGGCUUUUCAGCGAGUAUCGCCGAAAGUGUCGUCACGUGUGAAUACGAGCUGGCUCCUAAAGAGCAGUCUGCUUAUUCUCAUCGGACAAAAUCCCAAAUAGUGAUCUUCCGCGCUAGCGUGUCGCGACCGACUUUGGGAUUUUCUGGGUCGUCGACCUACACAGUCUUCCUACCUCUCGUCCUGCGCGAGUGUCGCAAGCAAAGUGCAGUUCCGUGUCGUGAUCUUUUAUCAUCUUUAAUUCUCUGGGAAUUUCUCAGCUGUGAAUCUUCCGCUAGUGAUAUCUGAUCAUUCAACGUCGACGAGACGCUUUAUCAGUGCACGCGACCAGCUGCUACUGCCUUUUUCUCCCUUCCGCAACUCUCUCUUUUUCUCUCUUACGUCGCGUCAGUCGCAGCAUGGGGGACCAGGAGCAACAGGAAACGAUACCAAGCGUGAUAGAGUUAAACGUGGGCGGCGUCUUCUACACCACCGCUUUGGCUACGCUGACUCGUGAGGGUGAUUCGCAUCUGGCUCAACUCUUUACCGGCAAAUCCGCCGUGGAAAAGGAUGCCAAGGGCAAAUAUUUUCUGGAUCGUGACGGCGUGCUCUUCCGUUAUGUAUUGGACUUCCUGCGCAAUCAAGCUCUCGUUUUACCCGAGGGUUUUCGUGAACGUGAAAGGCUUAAACAGGAGGCAAAUUUUUAUGGCUUGCCCGGUUUGGAGAAGGCAAUUUUGGAAAACGCUGAUUCCAGGCAAACCGGUGCGAUUGGCAAACGCGCUCCAGGAUACAUCACUAUCGGCUAUCGGGGCAGCUUUGCUUUUGGUCGCGAGGGUCUGGCCGACGUUAAGUUUCGCAAACUCUCGAGAAUCCUCGUGUGCGGCCGCGUGGCACUCUGUCGGGACGUCUUUGGCGAAACGCUAAACGAAAGUCGCGAUCCCGAUCACGGCAUGUCCGAUCGUUACACAUCACGUUUUUUCCUGAAGCACAGCGUCAUCGAACAGGCCUUCGAUAUGCUGCAGGAGCAGGGUUUCAGAUUAGCGGGCAGCUGCGGUUCCGGCACCGCCGGAAUCAACUCUGAGCAGCUAAAGCCCGGAGUGGAUGCCGAGGAGAAUCGUUGGAAUCAUUAUAACGAAUUCGUUUUUGUGCGUGAUUAAAGAGUUUCGCAAGCGAAUCAGGUGUACAUUGGCUAAGCAUCGUUGACGGCUUGCAUCUAGGAGACCGCGCUGUCACGAGAAAAGACUUCUUCAGUUAUUUGAAACGAUUCAGGCGAAAGUGGAAAUAUUUGUGAAAACACGUGUGUCUAAUGUGCGAACGAAUAACACGAACGAAUGAAUGCGGAGCUCUCGUUUAUAGCAUACUCUACAGUACAUAAUGAGAUCGAUAUGCAAUAUCAGGUUGAGGAGUUCGUACGAAAGCGUCGGACGAUCGUUUCGCGAAGUUCUUAAUUAAUUACGUCUCGUAAGAAAAUUUCCCAAAGUCAUUACUAUCAUCAAUCACCGUUGGUAAAAGGAAUUUGGGACACUUCGACGUUUGAGAAUACAAUAACAUCGUCAGCCUUCUGAUACAUUAUACCCUGAGAUUUUUUCUCACUUUAAUCGACUCUUUUACCAGAAUGAGAAAACUGGAUAAGACACGACGAAGAUAGAUAUCCGAGAACUGUCGUCUUUCGACAGAACCCUCGUCUAACACAUUGACAGCGCUGAAAUAACGAGGAAUCGGAUUUCUGUAUUACGGAGAACCAUGAACUCGUCGAGCGUGACCUACGUGACGUCGGACUUACGAACACCAUUUGCUUGAAGAUGCAACAUAGAGAAUGAUGAGCGACGAGUCAACGUGGAACUUGAAAUUAGUCAAUGUCGAACGUAACAUCCGGGAAACGUAACAGUUGUGUUGAUGCCAAAAAUAUUUUGUUAAAUUCGUGAUCAUAUGUUUUUUUAUGUGUAAUUUGAUAUUCAACUGUAAAUGAGUUUGAUCUACAAUUGUACAAAUAGAAUCUAAGAUAGAAUCUUUUCUGAAUACGACGUGUUAAGAUCUUUCGUAAUCGGAACGUGUCGACGACAGAAAAGAAAAUUGCCAUUUCCGACAAAAAUCCGAUGUGCUCCUAUCGUGAGUCGUUGCGAGGGAGAAACGUUUAUUAAAAAGCAGUCUCGCGUAAAUCCACGAGAUGAAAGACGCCAAUAUCUGGCGUUUUUCAUUGCCGGUGGACACGAAAUAAGACGGCGAAUGAAACGUGCACAAGAAAAGCGGGGCGAAGGGAUGGAUGAUGUUGAAAUAUCUGCAAACGAGUGCGUUUUGGCCACUUAAAGAGGUAACAAUGUCAGAUACGUCAGUGAUAAAUGUCGCUGGAUGCAACAGACAUGUAAGGAAAUAUGUAAAUGCAAAACGGACUUGACGUGGAUACAAAUAUGGGGUAUUAUUUAAAAUUAGAUUAAACGAAUGACUCAAUAACGUUCGCGUGUUUUUCAAUCGCGUUUGACGCGAGAGGAAAUUAAAGGUGAUGAAAAAUUUCAAUUAUCGUCUGAUAACGAGACCAUUAUGUUUAAAGAAAGUCUCCGGUGCUAGUACGCCGAGUAAGUUUUAAUAUUGGUGAAUGGUCGGGCCGAGUAGUUACUGCUAGAUGACGGUCAGACUGAGUAGUUACUACUGAUCGCUAGUCGGACCAAGUAGUUAGCAGCACGCUAGAAUCUGACUUUUUCUUUAAGUAGAAAAUACACGGUGAAAGAAUGGCGGCAAGAAUAAUGUCGAUAUCUAGUGAAUUCAUCGUUUCUGUAACUUCAAUUUGAGUAGGUGACUAGCACCAUUCUCGAGGGGCGGAGCAGCUUGUCGAAUGCGUGUACUUACAAGUCGACACGAUGUCAAACGUGCUAUUCGAAAGACGGAACGCCCGAAGAUACGUACUCUCUCUUCACAUUACUUUUUACUAGUUUCUUAAAACGAGUAAAUGCUUUUCUUUUUCAUCUAAAAUUCUUUUUGUUGUAAAGCGAAACGUAAAUGUUGCAAGCAAUUUAUAACUUUUAAUCCGUUGUAGAAAAAUUGGAACACGAAAGCGAAGUAUUGUUAUUAAUUUGCAGCGAGUUCCACGUCGUAAAUCAGUUUAUUUACAAAAACAUCUAGAUAAUCGAAAUACUUUUCCCUUUUCUUUAUACAAUUGUAUUUUACGGAAUAUAAUUGAAGAAAAAGUUCUUCAAAGUUUUUCAGAUAAAAAGAGAGUUACAAAUUGUUAAGAAUUUACUAUUUUUAUCAGUUUCAUACCAAUACUUAUUUAUUGUUUCAUUGAUAUUUCUUUGCACACUUGUGUUUGAAGUUUAACUUAUUUAGGUUUUUUUUUUAGCUUUUUUAUUAUAGAAUUACUUAAAAUAUAAAGUAGCAGUUUUUUGUUCUAUACUUUUCAAGUAUUUUGUGUUUAGGGAUUAUUUAUUUACUUAUUUAUAUUAUUAAUAAUUUUUUUGUUUGCAUUUUUGAAACGAUAAAAGAAAAAUUUAUCGCGAUUAUAAUCUUAUCGCAACAGGUUAUCAUGUAACAGACAAUGUUUAGAGAUUGUUCCGAAGAGUCCCGACGGCACUGAACAGACAAGGCAGAUAUUGAGUUUCGAGUUAGCCUCUCGUUAUCGUAAAAAGCGUACAACGUCGAAGAUUUUCUUAAAAAUAAUGGAGAUAAAUCUUGCAUCAUAGCAAUGUCUCAUGUAUCAUUAUUAUUAUGGUGAUCGAUGAAUGUGUAGAAUCACAAUAAAUGUAGAGUUAUCUCAACUUUAACUGCACACAUUUAACUUUUGUAAUUCAUUAGCAGUAUCAAAAUUAUAAUAUAAAAAAUAUUAUAUAAAGUUAUGACGAAAAUUUACAAUUGGAUACUUAUUCUUUGUGUUAAUAUGCGUUGCGGCAAUCCGAAAAACAAAUGUUGGAGCAAUGAUGCGAAUCAUAGCUGUUAUUGUUAGUGCAUGGCUCGCUAUUCUAUAAUCGAUGCAUCUGCGUCCGCAAUGGAUUGAUUUAUAAUGACAUUAUAUGUUCGGGUUGUCGUGCCAGUUAUGCGUGUUAACGCGAUCGAGAUUAUAUAUUAUAACUGAGAGUGGACAUGAUAGUCCCAUGCGUUCGAGAAAAUAUAAUUUGUCUACAUUGUGUGACCUGCCAUUGAAACGUCUAAUUGUUCGUAAUUGAGACAUUUUAUGAAAAUUUAUGUUGAUUGCUAAAAUGCUGAUUCGUAAGACGAUAUUCCAUAUUAAAAGAAAACAUUAUUACACAACAUAGUUCAAGUGAAACGAAUGAACGACGUUUUUCGAGUCUGUGAGAUAUCAGCUUUUAGACAUGAUCUGUAAUUGAUCAUGAUAAUGACGAUUGUAUUGAGCAAUACGUCAAAUCGUGUUGGGAGAGUCUAUUGAUUAAUGUGGAGCAUUGGCAUCGUAAUCGUUAUGCGAUUACAAUUAGUAAAUCGCCUACUUCCAUUUACUCUGUACAAAUAAAGACAUUCAGGUGAAUCAAACUUGUAAAAUAGUAGACGGAUAUUGCACGAUUAAUGCAAGGAGUCUUACAUAGAAUGACUAUAAACUUCCAUUUAUUUCACGGUAAUAUAAAUUUUAAUCUUUAUCAAUAGUAUAUAUUAGUAUAUAUAUAUUUAGAUAUUUGCUUUUUUAUGUAUUAAUUGUUAUAUUUGAUAUUUUUAAUGUAGUUAUUUAUUGAAUUGGUCGAUUUUGACGAGAUUUUAUGUUAAUUUAGUCUAAACUACUGCAACUAAAUUAUUUGCACAGAUGUGCGAAUAUGUAAAAUUGGGCCCAAAUAAAUAUUCAUGCGACAAAUAUACCGCGCGCGUUGGAAUUAUUGGCAUCUCAUUUCGAGUUUCCGUAGUCAUUAAAAUCAAUGGCUAAUUUUAAAUUAUUAUACGCAUUUAUGCAUCUUUAUAAUGUUAAAUAAAUUGAAUUGUAUAUUUUUAUUUUUAUAUUAAUUUUUAAAACAUAUUGAAAAUAAUAAAAACGAUUUUUAAAUAUGUAUAACGAAAAAACAGACAAACUUUUUAUGUUUUGUUUAUCUAAAUAUCAAUAUUGAGUCACUGCAAAAGUUUUGGUCUUUUUUGACAUUGUUUCCGUUAUAGUGUAUCAACAUUGGCAUAUCACGGAAAACUGUAAAUUGCUUUUUGUAGCAUUUAUUAUUUUUGUUUUUUUUUGGAAUUAAUAAAUUGUAAUCAUACACAAAGAUUUUUUUUAAGACUUAUUUUAAAUAUUUUUUUUUUAGACUUAUUUUCGCUGCACUGUAAUAAUACUGUAAAUAAGUGGAAGAAUACCAACUUCUGUUGUAUAGAUAAUUCUUGAUCAUCGUUCCAAUAAUGUAUAUUAUAAUUCGUUAUAGUACUACCAGUGCUGAUAUAUUGUAGUAAAAAUAAUAUUAUUUUUCCAAAAAGGACCAACACUUUUAUUUUCAUCUGAUAUAUUAAAUUCUUAGAAGUACUAGUGUAUAUAUAUAUAUAUUUUUUUAUUGUUUCUCUCUGAUUUGGACUAAAAUUUUUUUUAAUUACACAAAUUUUUUGUGUAUGUGCAUAUGUUGUAUAAAAUGCACUUUUGUUGUAAGUUUGAGAAGAUACAUUGGUUUUAUAUUUGUAAUAGUAUUUACUUUUUUGUUUAUAGCGAUGCGUGCGUAGGGAACAUUAGAAAAUUGAGAUCGUUGAUAAGAUUAAGAUUCGUGAUACAGAAACUUUAUUUCAUAGACUAAAAGUUGUAUUAUGACUUGCUGCGAUAAAAAACAAGUGUGUCUCGAGCGAAUAAAUUCGAUAGAAUUUAGUUUUUUAUAUUUUUGAUUGAAUUUUAAAGAAAAUUCGAAUUUCAUCGGAAUUUAUUAGUUGUUAAAAUCUUUGUUUAUAUUAUAACUUUGGUAACUGAGAAAAACCAUUCUAUAUUCUCUUUAAUCUAACUUAAAUCUUUGUUUUGUCUCAGAAAGUUUUUUGAAAGGUAUUUGAUGGAAUUCGAAUUUCGCGAAGUUUGAUUAAAUUUUCUCUUGACUAUUUUUAAUCAAAUAAGCUUCGUGUACUCGGUCAAACUUCUUUCUUUGAAGUAAAGUUUCUAUCAGCAUCACCGAAGUUUAGAGUUUAAUGUUGGCAUUCCAAAUUUUAUUUGUAAGAUAUUAAAAAGUAUAGGAACCGUAAGAAAAUAAUAUAGUUGAUGAUGUGAUUAGAUCAUUUUUUAAAUUAUAACAAUGAUAUAUUGAAAAACAUCUUUACUAUCUAGUGUCUUUAUGAGAUGAUUUGCUAAAGUAUUUUUUAUUCAAUUAGAAAACAUUUUGACCAAUCGAGUUUAGAAAUACUUUACAUUAUUUAAAAUGCGUACUUAACAUUUAAAUUUAUUGAUUGAUUGCAAAAAUUGAUUGUGAAAAUGUUUGAUUUCCAUAUUCGAGACUCAGAAUUAAUUGAAAAGAAUUCAACGAGUAGAAACAGAACGGUGUUAGGUAGCGUGUAAGACUGUGACGAUAUGAAAUUAUUGUAUAUGUAUAUACGUAUAUCUCUAAGUAAAAAGAGGAGAAAUAAAAGAUUGAGGUGAUACGAGAA